AUGAAAUUUCUGCUCCUGUUAUUAUUUUUGACUCAUUCGUGCUCGAUUGAUUUAGUUAUUCCAUUAUCAGGAAAAGAUUCUGAGAAGUUUAACGUAAAAGUUCAAACCUUAAUAAAUCAACCUGAUUAUCCUGCGGGAGACUUAUUGCUCAAACUUUUAUCAUACGAACCGAGAAAUGGAGAAUUGAUUAGGAAAAUUGUGUACCACGGUGUUACAAUUUUCCAAGACAGAACCGAACGUCCUGUUAAUUUCAGGAGAAGAUUAUUAAGCAUAAAUUGCAGGAACUUUUUAAUUCUCAUUGUGACUUCAAAAAUGGAUACAACUACAUACGAGGGAGUGUUUUACAUUCGCCACGAAACCAUUAUUCACAGCAUAGAAGAUUCUGAGAGGUUGACAAACAUUUUAAGUGGAAACGAUCAGUCAAUUGUAUCUAGAAUGAUUAGAAACAUUUUAACAAGAGAGCCUGCAAAGGUAAAGAGCUAUGGUGAUCUGGAUGAAGUUGACGAUGAACCACACCUAGUUAAGGGAAAGGAUAUAAAUGAGGAACAAAUUAGAAAAGAAGUAGAUGAAAUUUUGAAGAAUCCAGAUAUUGUUAAACCACAAACAAAAGAUACAGAUACUGAUAAAGCAGAUAUUAGUGAAGCAGAUCUGAGAGAGGCAGGUCCUAGUGGACUCAGUACAGUGGUUGAGCAAUAUGUGAUGGAUUCUACUGAUACUGAUUCAGAUUAA